GUAGCUAUAUAAACAAACCCUAAAACCUAAAUGAUCGAAAAAUAAAAUUCUUCUCCGUCUUCCCUAACUCGAGACAACUCUGAUUAUUCGGAACGAUGUCAUACGACGAUGUGGAGAUAGAAGACAUGCAGUGGAAUGAGCAGUUGCAGGCUUACACGUAUCCAUGCCCGUGCGGCGAUCUUUUCCAGAUCACAAAAGAAGAGCUAAAACUCGGUGAGGAAAUCGCGCGUUGCCCAAGCUGUUCUCUCUACAUCACCGUCAUAUACAACGCCGAGGACUUCGCCGACAACAAAUCCAAGAACAACCUCGAGCCUCCAAAGCAGCAAGCCGUCGCCGUUGCUUGAGACUUUUCAGAUGGCAAAUAACGCACUGCACGAUUGAUUGGAAAUUGGUAAAUGGGUGUUUUGUUUCCUUAUGUGAUGUGCAUUGGCAUUGAUGAGGGAUUUUUUUUUUUUUUUGGGUAAUGGACACUGAGAUUGAUUUUUAUCAUUUUAUGUAGUCAUUGUCAUGAGGUUUCUUCUUUCUUGUGACAGUAAUAUAUCUGUGCUUGUGUUUAAUUUAACAUUGUAAACCAUAUGAACAAAUACGUGAAUUUGAUUUCUUCAAUACCAGAUGAGAUGCUCAAAUUUU